GUGACCCCUUCAAACGAACACGUUCCGUCUUCAUGCUUCUACGUCCACAUAAGUGUCGGCUUUAGAAGUGGCUUCCCAGUAGGAUACGCUCGGUCAUGCGCACGUUCACCAGUCACAGUACAUGUAUAAGAUUGGUCUCGCGUUAAUUGAAUCAACGCAGUGUUGUUUACUAUCUGUCCUGCUAAGUAAGCUUCUCCGUUCCUGGGUAAACCGACAAAGACAAAAUGAGAGAAAUUGUGCUCGGCCGUCCCGCUGGCUUACGGCUUGUAGAACCUCGAGUCGUUUUAGAGACAGUACGGAUGAGUUUAUGGAGGGAUUAGCGCGUGUGUAUGAGCGCAUGUCUCUCAGUAAACUCCAAGUGACGCUAUAGUGAAGACGGCUACGAAGCAGUGAAAGGAUUCGCUCUAAGCGAUUGAUUGCACUAGCGCCGGCUAUCGUGCGUGUCGUACGAGCUAUGGCGCAACGUAUUACGCGCUGGGGCAAGAGAUAACGCUCCAGAGAGGACAAUGAAUACUGUUCAGGUCGCUCUUUAUUUUGCGCCCUUUCGUUACGUUUCGCAGCUAACGGCAUUGUGUUCCCUCAAGAAAAAGAGCCUAUAAACAGGAAACACACUAUUACCGAAUCGACUCCAUUUAAUCUGCCAGGAACGUUUCGUUAAUACGGAUUUACAUGUCUCUCGCGCGGAGCACGAAGUCUAUACAUUGUCGAUCUGUUGUGUUGUAAAAAAUCCUACAUCUUAAGAACGGUCUCUUGAUACCUCGAUUCAAUAUAGCUGUUAUUUCGGAGAAGAACGACCGUAGCAAUAAUAAUAAUGUGUUUUACAAGUGUACGUUAGAGAAUCUCAUCUUUAUUGGUACGCGCCAUUUACGCUUGUUGAUAAUUACCUACAGCUGUAUCAGAAGUUAGAUUGCUUAUUCGAGCAAACGGAAAAAGGUGAGGAAGAUUACGUUACAUCGUUACAAACAGAAGCGGUAAUCAGCUAGAAAAGUAGCAUCCGUGAUAUGGGUGCCUCUUACAACGACUUAUCAUUGUCGCCUCGAAACGUCUCAUGAAAAAUCAUUGUAAACGACUAUUGAUAUAAGGCGAACAGUCAGUGAUCACCUGAAAAAGGGAAGAUUGACAAUGCUUGUCACUAGAAAGACACCGGCCGCUAUAUAAAAAUGUAUGUAUUAAAUCUACGGAAAUUUCAAUUCAAUCGACUCAAAUCCCGUUCCUGUCCUCUGGCUACAACUGGGACGAUAUAGAUGCGAAUUGGGACUCUUACUCCGUUUACUGAGUGAUCUUUCUCGAGUGUAGGGUUCUACACGAUCAGGAAAUCAGACGCGUACGUGUAGCAUCUGACUAACUUCGAAUAGUUGUAAUUUGUUAACGUGAUUAGUGUUGUUUUUUGGAGAGCGAGUUUGACUUCGGGCCCGCUGAACUCGUGGCCGAACCGUGCGUCUUCCUACAUCACAUAACGAGUGUUAAAGGGGGCUGAGAAUGUUGCGUAACAUCAUUCAGGGAGUGCUGCUUGGGGUAAACUGCCUGUUGUUUCUGGUAACCCCUGGAGGUACUCAAAGUCAUACCUUCGAGCGAGCUAUUAGCCAUGCGCCCGCUCGUUCGCUGGACUCGACACUUGCGAUCCAACUAACGCCGCUUAAUCCGAGCUCACAUGAAGACCGCUUCCACAUUUCGAGAGUAGAGCGGGUGCGUUAUGGAAAGGCCUUCCGGCGACAGGCCAAUCCACCUCAAAGCGAGAAGUGCAAAUAUAAGAAGGAACCUUGGGGAGAGUGCGAGAUGGCAUCAAACAUACAGAGGCGUCGGUUAGUUUUAAAAAAAAAUAAUCCCGCUUGCGAGCCUACUAGAGAGAUAACACGACCCUGUCGUUUGUCCAAAUCCGGUCAAGGGCAAAGUAGUCACAAUCACAAACAGAGGACAGUGGUGUGCCGCUAUAAAAAGGGCUCAUGGAGUGAAUGUGACCCUCACACUGGUCUGAAGACUCGGACAGACACGCUAAAAUUCAGCAAACAGGGCCUUCCGCCCGCACAGGUGCAGCUUUUGCGCGAUAGCUGCGAGCCAACUCGGAUGAUGACCCGUAAAUGCAAGGCCACUAAACUCGGCUGUAAAUACAACCGUUCUGCAGCGUGGUCCAAGUGCGAUUCGCGCACGAACCUGCGCACAAAAGUUCUCAAGUUAGAGGCCGGAGUUAACCGCAGCGGGGCGGAAUGCGAGCCUGAGCGACGAAUCACCAAAAACUGCCGGGGUGGACAGCCUGAUAAAGCCAAAAAAAGUCACGACCAUUUUCCUCAAGAGGAUCAUCCCGAAGAGGAAGAGGAGAUUCAUAUGGAAGUAGGUCAAGGGACGGAGGCAACAGGAAUUCGACUCUUAACCACUUUAAAGUAGGCUUGUCUUGGGCUUUCUGAUCAUGACCAAACAAACAAAUGUGCACCGGUUCGCCGUAGCGUUUGUCCGAGAUCGGCAAAGUCUUGAAGAUGAACAGCUGACCUUGCUGAUAUUUCAACAUUGCGAGCUCCAGUGCCAGAACUGAAUUUUCCAGUUCUUCGAGGAGAAAGGCACGGGAAUUUUUUGCGUCCAUUGCAAAGCUAGGAGACUACCUUCUCUAUAUUUCAAUUGCAUUGAAAUGUACUUUUAUUUAAGGGUAAAUAUAUUACAAAAUAGUGUGCAAUUAUCGCCUCCAUAGGAGCUACGAUAGAGGGCGUGAGGGUGCGGUCACCUAUUACCAUAUUUCUACAAUCUAUUACAGUGGCUUUACUACGGCGGUACAACACAGGUAUGGUCGGGAGGCACGGUUAUUAUUAUUAUUGUUAGCAUAUAAGCGAUACGGAAAGGGAACGUGUUGUUUAUUUGCUUUGUUUUCUCUAUAAAGGUUGUAGAGGUUACUAUUUAAUCACCUAAAUCAUAGCCAGGUCGUUUAUAAAGGUACUUCGAACAUCUAGUCGAUUUGGAAAUUGUGUUGUGCAAUCUCUGCAAAUCUAUAACACAGUAGAGCUUUGCAAGAAGAGUACAGACUUACCGUAGCACGUUAACUGCCACCUUCUGAGCACACGUUUGUCACUCUA